UCUAAACGUCUGUUUGACAUCUGAUGAGGCGUCCUAUAGCUGUACUGCAGAUGAGCAAACUCUAAAAAAUACGUCUCGCAGAUGUAAAUGCGACGUCUCCUGAUGUACGCGUGCUAUCAGGGAAGUAGAUGUGUUGUGGAAUUAGGGUUAGUAACCUGUAACAUUUUAAUAUUCUGCUGAAAUGAACAAAAUUACUUGAAAAAAGAUUCGUUCAUCCGAGCAGUAAAAUGAUCCGAGCUUCCCAUCACUGUCAAGAACUGCGUUGUUGUGAGUGUUUAUGUAUUUCUAAAGUGAAUCUGUUUGUACAGUAAUAGUAGCUCCAGGGCUGUCAAACGCCAGAUUGAUUUAAACUAUUUAUUAAUAACAUGGAAAACGUCGUUGGAUUGCAUGAUUCUUAAUUUCAAAAUGAAAUAUUUUUAAAUUGCAAGUUCACGUUCGUAAAACAAUUUCUGAAAGUAAGGUACUUCGUGACGUCACGUCAAAGAUUUGUUUGUUUGGUUAACUCGGACCGAGCUGCGGGAGCGCGCACUCGGGAACACGCCCACCUCUCAGCGCGUGCGCGCCUUGCCCCGUGUGCGGGAGCGCGCGCUCAGUGUGGAAGAUGCUGCCGGUGAGUUCAGACGCGGAUCAGAUGCUCGGUUGUCCUGUGAUAUGGAGACCCUGGGAUCUUUCAACAAGAGAGAUGCAAUUAAAUAAAGUGGUUUCUGGAGGUUUGAGGCGGGUUCAGACUUCUGGAGAUGUUUUCCAUCAUCCUGUGAGGCUGUUUCUGCCCAGAUCCAGGAUGCAGGAGUAUCUGUCUCAUCUGGGCCGGACGGUUUUGGCCAGUUUCCCCGUUCAGGCCACACUGCACUUUUACAACGACGAAGACUCCAGCUCCGAGGAGGAGGAGGAUGAAGCAGACACUUACUAACCUCAUCAGAUCCACACGUCUAUAACAUGAACUCACGAGUGAGCUGAGAGUGAACCGUGUGACCGUCAGGAAGCAGAACACUGUUUAGGAAACACGCCGUGUGAAUGGAGAUGGGAGCGUGGCGGUGUGUUUCAGGAAGCGCUGCGGAUCCGCAGGAACAGGAUUAUCACCUGAGACGAGCAGGAACCCAGCGCCGGUGAGACGGGUCACGCCAUCAAACACAAACAGACCUUUGAUCCGAGGAAGAUCCUUCACGUCGGCCCACGUCUGGGAACGUCUUUAAAGGGAUAGUUCACAGAAAAUGAAAUUGUCAUUUACUUUCCCUCAAGAUGCUCCAAAAAUGUUAUAUUUUGAAGAAUGUUGGGAACCAAACAGUAGAUGGCAGCCAUUGAGUAUUUCUUUACUAUGGAAGUAAACGGGGACCAAUGACUGUUUGGUUACCAGUAUUCUUCAAAAUAUCUCUUUAGAUAUGAAAAAGAAACUUAUGUAAGUUUGGAGCUACUUGAAGUGAGUAAACGAUGACAACUUUAAUUUUAUGUGAACCGUCCCUUUAAGUGUUUCAUUUGUAUGUUUUUUGCUGGAAUUCAUGUAUUUCUGUUAAAAUCUAAACACAAAUAAAAACAAGAAUGCUCAAAAUGCCUCAAUUUAUUAA